AUGGCCCCUGGCCUAUGCGGGACGGGAGCUACCUACCCUGCCCUUGCCUUCCUCGACCGACCCGACUGCAACUUCCCCACGCACUUUUGGCUCUUGCCUGUCGGCGCGCACCACGAGCCUCUAUCCGCCACCUACCCCCACGGCCUGUCGACGGCGCCUCUAGGUACCAACGACCGAAGUCGAUCCGACGUCGCACCUGCGAACCUUCAUGAGGCCGUCACCGAAGACACCACCACAGCCCUUUCACCUCGCCCGAGAACCAUGACCUCCAUACAGAGGCAUGAGCUCCAGGCUCUGGUCAAGCUGGUGAACAGCAACCAGCUUCUGAACCGCCAAUUAUCCCAAAUUUGUCAGCUCAACGGGCUCACUAGCAGCGGCGUUAAGGCGGCUCUGCAAAGUCGCAUCGUCAGUGCUAUCGAAGAAGCCUUCAAGAACAGCGACGCGACUCGCUUCCAGCAAAUCCAACGAAGCAUCGAGACCACAAGGACCGGCUCCUCCGCUUCGCCCGCCUCUCAAAAGAGUGGACGUCCCGCCACAGCGACUCCGCCAGUGUCAAUGAUGCGGCAAGACCAAUACUGGGGGCGCAAUGCCCGCCCCAGCGGUGCGAAUGGCCCUGCUCUGCCCGGGUAUGGAUCAAGCGGUACGUCAUUCCCUCAAAAGUCCUUUGAACAAACGCCUAACUUUGAUGCAGGGCUCUCUUUCAAGAACAGUCCCUUCUACGAGAUCCAGUUCCGGGUCGGCGAUGUGCGCUCGUGCGAGGCUAUGAGCCAGCAUAGGAACAUGGUCUCGAUUCCAGUCAAAGUCAGCGAUAAUCUCAAUCUGAACAGAGUUCUCGAUGACAAGUCACUACGCAUCAUGGUCUUCUGCGCCGGAGAUAGCAAUGGCGUCCAGGAUAUCGCGUUUCCCCAUCAGUCGGAGAUCAAGGUCAACGGUAACGAGGUCAAGGCGAAUCUCAGAGGCUUGAAGAACAAGCCAGGCUCGACAAGGCCAGUCGACAUUACGAGUUAUUUGCGUCUGAAAAAUGACAACAGAAAUCUCGUUGAGUUCACCUAUGCGUUGACUCAAAAGAAAUUCUAUCUUGUCCUGAACAUCUGCCGUAUCACCUCGGCGCAGGACCUGGCCGACAACAUCAAGAAGGGGCAGAAGAUCCCCAAAAACAAGGUGAUUGAGGAGAUCAGCAAGAAAGCGGCGGAUACAGAUAUCGUCACGACAUCUCAAGUCCUGUCUCUCAAGUGUCCUCUAUCCUACAUGCGUCUUGAUGUCCCGUGCCGCUCUGUCAACUGUUCGCACAUCCAAUGUUUCGACGCAACGUCGUACCUCCAAUUGCAAGAGCAGGGUCCUCAGUGGCUUUGCCCGAUUUGCAAUAAACCGGCGCCAUACGCACAGCUGGCCGUUGACGAUCGCCAGCACGGCAACUCCGACGACAACGGUGAUGUCUCGAGAAAGCUCGACGAUGCCGCGGGGCGUGGCCACAACAAGCGCCAAGAGACUGCAUUCGGAUAG